UCCGAGCGCUGCAUCAAGAACAUGGCUGACCUGACGGCGGAGGACGGAGGGAAACUGAGCAAAAAUGAGCUGAAGAGACGAAUGAAAGCAGAGAAGAAAAUUGCUGAGAAAGAAGCCAGAGUGAAAGAGCUGGUGGCGCAAAAGGAAGAAUCCAAUGAUCAAGGAUCACAAAAUGCUUCUGAAUUGGAUGAGGAGACACUUGACCCCAAUCAAUACUUCAAGAUCCGCUCCCAGGCCAUCGACAAAUUGAAGGGGACUGUGGAGGACCCGUACCCACACAAGUAUCAUGUAGACUUGUCCCUCACAGAGUUCAUUGAAAAAUACAGCCAUCUACAGCCUGGAGACCGUCUCACAGAUGUUGUUCUCAACGUGUCAGGUCGCAUUUAUGCCAAGAGGGUUGCUAGUACCAAGCUGAUGUUUUAUGACCUGCGAGCUGAAGGUGUCAAGUUGCAAGUUAUGGCAAAUUUAAGGAUCUACAGAUCUCCGGAGGACUUUAUAGCCAUCAACAACACACUUCGCCGUGGUGACAUCAUCGGUGUUCGUGGAAACCCCGGGAAGACAAAUAAGGGAGAGCUGAGCAUCAUUCCUAUCGAGAUGACCCUGUUGUCACCCUGUUUGCACGUGUUGCCCCGCUUCCACUUUGGCCUCAAAGACAAGGAAACGCGGUAUCGCCAGCGUUACUUGGAUCUGAUUCUUAAUGACUACGUAAGGCAGAAGUUUAUAACUCGCUCCAAAAUUAUCACGUACCUGCGCAGCUUCCUGGACCAGCUGGGCUUUUUGGAGAUUGAGACACCGAUGAUGAACAUCAUCGCUGGUGGAGCCGUGGCUCGUCCGUUUGUUACUUACCACAACGAGAUGAACAUGAGCAUGUUCAUGAGAAUCGCCCCUGAGCUUUACCACAAGAUGGUUGUUGUCGGUGGAAUAGACAGAGUGUACGAGAUUGGUCGUCAGUUUAGGAAUGAAGGCAUCGAUCUCACUCAUAAUCCAGAGUUCACCACCUGUGAGUUCUACAUGGCAUAUGCUGAUUACCAUGACUUGAUGGAAAUCACAGAGAAGCUGCUGUCAGGAAUGGUGAAACACGUCACUGGGGGGUACAAGGUGACCUACCAUCCUCAUGGUCCUGAGGGCCAGUCUUAUGAGAUUGACUUCACUCCUCCGUUUAGAAGAGUGAGCAUGACGCAYGAACUGGAGAAAAUAAUGGGGGUUAAGUUCCCUCCUUCUGACAGCUACGACAGUGAYGAAACACGCAAAUUCUUUGAUGAUUUGUGUACCCAAAGAGAAGUUGAAUGUGUUCCACCUCGAACCACUGCCCGCCUACUCGACAAGUUGGUUGGAGAUUUUCUUGAGGUCACGUGUAUCAACCCAACUUUCAUCUGUGAUCACCCUCAAAUCAUGAGCCCCUUAGCAAAAUGGCACCGCUCAGAGAAAGGCCUGACGGAGCGUUUUGAGCUUUUUGUGAUGAAGAAGGAGAUCUGCAACGCUUACACUGAGUUAAACGAUCCAGUCAGGCAGAGAGAGCUUUUUGAGCAGCAAGCCAAGGCCAAAGCUGCAGGUGAUGACGAAGCCAUGUUCAUCGAUGAGACCUUCUGCACAGCGCUGGAAUAUGGUCUGCCACCGACUGCAGGCUGGGGGAUGGGCAUCGAUCGUCUCACCAUGUUCCUCACUGACUCCAACAACAUCAAGGAAGUGUUGUUGUUCCCAACCAUGAAGCCUGAUGACAUUAAGAAGCCCACUCCCUCGGACGACACUUCUGCCCAAUGCACUGACUUGUGACCUCUCCUGCUGUCAGAUCUUUGCAGUAGUCAUGGAAAAUAGAAGUUUUUACUUCACUGUGGUCAUCAGUGCAGGCUGUUUUAUCUGUUGUAGCACAUUAAAUGUUUUCUGUCUUUAAGGGAAAUGGUAAACGGUCAUGAAUGCUAAUCCUUUUUUUUUGGCACUUCUGUCCUCAAGUCAACAGGUGCUAUUGGUUUGGUUGUAAGAAUUUUAAACCUGUUUGUCCCCAACUCCAUAGAAAAUCAUAUUUGAUCUGCUGUUACCUGCAAACCUGGAUGUAAUACUUCUGAGUAUACAUUGAGCUGCUUCAGGGGUCCUUUACUGUGUACAUCAUAGUUACAGCCCCUAUAAAUAAAUCCAGCUCCAAGUUCCUUUGUUUGAAAUGUUCUCUGUAUAUUCAUGUAUUUUUUUAAACCAGGUUUGUUUGGRUUCCUUUUCAAAGAUUUUUCAAAUUCAACAUUUCUCUUUCAAGAAACUUAAGAGAAUAAUAUGUUUAAAUAAAAAGCAUAUUAAUCAGG